AUGGAAGUGUUGGCUAAGCGAUCAGAUUUGGUGGACACUAGGGUUAAGUUGAGGUCAUAUUAUUGUGACUUCGAGUUCGACUUCGGGCGCGUCUAUUGGAAUCCACGUCUUGGGACCGAACACGAGAGGAUUCAACUCAAACUUCGCAAAGGAGUUGAUGUCUUGUAUGAUGUGUUUGCAGGCGUCGGACCCUUUGCUAUACCCUCUGCUAAACGCCGAAAGUGUCACGUUUUGGCCAAUGAUUUGAAUCCAGAGAGCUAUAAAUGGCUGCAACAUAAUUGUCAGCUCAAUAAAGUGCAACACAUGGUUAGCACUUAUAACAUGGAUGCAAGAGAUUUCAUCGCAACUGUCAUUCGACAACACCUUAUCGACAGAAUCAACACUUUUGACGGCACAGAGAGUACUCGACAAUAUCAUGUUGUUAUGAACUUACCAUCUCUUGCCAUACAAUUCUUGGAUGCAUUCAAAGGUCUCUUGCAUUCAGUUGAGCCCUCGAGCUAUAAAAUCAAUCCAAUCAUUCAUUGCUAUUGCUUUGUAAAAGACGUGACAAAGAAUGCUGAGGAAGUGGUCAAACAUAUGGUUGAAGAGGUAUUAGACCACGAGUUGACCACCAUUUUCGAGAUCAUUAAUGUGCGAACAGUGGCUCCCAAUAAGGAUAUGUUUCGAAUCACUUUCCAAAUGCCUGAACAUCUGAUUUAUACCAAAAUUACUAAUUCUAACAAAAGACUAAAAUGCGAAUAA